AUGAAACCGGGUCCAGUUAUAGGGCCGUUUGUUUUUACCUAUUGCGUGUUACAAAGCGUUUUUCAGUACUUUACAGGAAAAUUUAGUGAAAAAAGGUAAGAAAGUAGUUAGUCGCUUUUUUUUUGAAGACAAAGUAUUUCUUUUUUCGCGGUUAGAGUUAACAUCAAUUUCAAGGCCAACUGAGAUGAGACGCAUGUUGGUCAGUUUCAAUAAUGCAACGAGGACAACUUACUAAAAAGCUUAAACAGUAGAAAGAGAACAACUAUUCAUGAAACUGUCGACAGAAAAAAGAAAUAGAGAAAAAAAUGAACAGUUUUAGACAUUUCUUGUGCUAACUUCUGGGCUAGUUGAAAUAAAAACGCACUUCGUGAACUAGGGAAUUUUGUUGCUUUACCUCUUACAAAAUCACAAUUUAAUAUUUAGAAACUUGUUUCUAUUUCAGAAAGAUCGUUUAACUUUCGGUAAAAUAUUAUUUUUUACUUUUUGGUAUUUACUGUAAGUUGUCUGUUUUGGAAAACAAAAACAAAUCGUCCAUGGCAACCGUUUGUAACAAUCUUGGUGCUGACCUAAAGGAACGUAGUGUUUGCAGGAGUCCGGCUUCACUUUGGUCAGCAGCUGAGACGCAGCGUCGUUCCCAGUCGUCCUCGGUAAUUUUCGUUUGUGACGUCAUCUGUCAGUCUUGUCGGAAUAUCGCGCUCCGUUCCAAGCCUCCUCGUUUUACUUGGAGGGCACGAACUAGCCUGGGGACGAUGCUAGCUGAAGCGUGAAACAGGAGUGCGCGUGCUGCCUCACGCAAGCAAAUAACUGAUAACCGAAUUAAUUUUCAAUGAUUUUCACUUUCUCAGUGAGAUUACAAGACAUUUUGAGUGCGUUAAAUAUUGUAUUCGAAACUUAAGCUAUUUUAUAUGAAGUAUAAUCUGUAGCUAAUUGUGUUUUAUCUAUUUUUAUCAUCAGAGGUGUUUCAACGGGUGAAUCUGAAAUUAAAGAAGUCUGUAAAGAAGUAACUGUAGAACCAGAGAAAAAACAAGAGGAAAGUCAAAAAGUAUGUUUACUGCAUGUUAGUUAUGAACAGCCUACUUUAAGAUAUUCUUGCAAACAUGUUUUUGUGCCAUUUUUGAUUGUGAUGUGGGCCUGUCUGCAACGAGGCUUAGAAAUAUUGACUUUUUUCUUUAAUAUUUACGAAACGAACACAAGAAGUAAACAAAAUAAUUAUGAAAGCAAUCGAUAUCAGUUUCUGUUAACCUUAUGUUUAGCUAAUAACCUACAUUUUUAGCAAAAACUGUACAGUUGACUGUCUUUUACGGAGCGCAAACGACGACUUUCAGCUAGAAGGUUUUCAAGGCCUUUUUCAGCUGUUACAGAAAUCUCUGGUGCACAAGCUGAAAAAUUCUUUGAAUGUUGUUUAUAUUUAACUCAGUCACAACUAAAAAUGUAUUAAUUUUGUAUUUGGGGGCCACUAGUUAUUCUGUUGAAGUACUGUCCCGUGUUACCGCCCUCGUUAAAUAAAGUUGAUUAUUAUUGAAGUUGAUUAUUUGUGCAAUAGACUCGAGAAGAAAAUGUAAAAGAGAGAACCACAGGAUUAAGUAAGCAGUACCUUGUUUGAAAGCAUAUCAUUUAUUUUCUACCCUCUCUUGAACUUUCAUUAACAAAACUAUAUACCUUCAAGUUAUCAUAGUAAAACGCCAAGUCCUGUUCAAGACUCCUUUCAUAGUCAUAACUUAUUUCAUCCAUCUUGAUUGAUUAGUGCCCUGUAAAACGAAGAAGAUCAGAAGAAAGCAACUUAGAGGAUAUUAAGAGAAAGAAAAAAAGAAGGUCGAUCUCUUUAUACAAUCUCAAAAGCAUCUUUACCAUUGGAGAGGGAGCCUUUGGAAAGGUAAGGGACUGUCAGAGGGAAUAAACAGUUAUCUCAAACAAUUCGUAAAAUCUCAUAUUAAUGUUAUACAAAAUUUUGAGUAAUUAAGGCGGAUCAACGCGCUACAAUGAGCGGCGAGGAUCUCAUUGUCAGAAGUGGGGAUUCAUUAAUUAGUCGAUAAAUUAAUUAACCCAUUCGCCCCUGAACCGCCUGUAACCGCCCGUGCGGAUCCACGUCCUUUCUACCCUUUGUGACAUCAUCAGUUUUAACGGUCAAGGACAACUUUGUCCACUAACUUGUGCAGAGUGAAGAGAUCUUUCAAACCAUACCAGAAUGAGCACAAUUCAGUCAAGGACACCGGAGAAAGAAGCAAAAAACCAUGUGACAUUGANACAAUUCAGUCAAGGACACCGGAGAAAGAAGCAAAAAACCAUGUGACAUUGACCUGAAAAUCUCCAUGAAAAUCUUGUUCCAUUGCUCACCUACCUUUCCCUUCACCUAAUCCUAAGAUCCUAAAAGCUUUCCUAAAAACUCUUCCCACCAAAACGAAGCCUACUAAAUGCCCAGCAAGAGAAGAAAAAAAAUUAGGCAAGAAAAGCGAAAAAAGAGGGGAGGAGAGAAAGCGAAAAGUAAAAGUCAAGACUGCCGUGUCACUUUUAAACCCAAAAACUCUCGAAAUUUUGCUUUCUGCGCAUGCCCGAACUUCGCAAGCUGAUAUUUUGCAUCUGGAUCAGGAGGCCGCAAAGUGUACGACCAGUCAACCGGUUUGUGGUAAGUUUUAGCUCUUUAUAGCACAACAGUGACCAGAAAACCACUGGUUGAUAUCUGGGAAUAAUUUUCGAGCAAGGGAGUAACAUGAAGUUCUUUCGAACCCCACUGGGAUUGAACUAAAAAAGGUCGGUAAGACCACGCCUAUCAACCGCUCCAUCUGAAAGCGUGUCCUAUUCCAAAAUAUCUGUCAAUUUUUUUAUAGGUUCGUCUUUGUGAGGACCGUCGCACCAAGAGGCCAUACGCGGUAAAGCAGAUCUUAGAACCUGACCCAAGCAGUGUGGAGGAGAAAGUAUUGAGCCUCGCCUCCUCAAGUCCUUUCAUAACAAGACUUUGUGAAGAGGUUGAGAACCCGGUAUGAUACUUUUAAAAUUUUCUAAGAACAUUUUUAAUCCUUCGCAUCACCGCUUAAAAACCCGACACCCUCCCUCUCGGUACAUGUGAAGCAAAGAUGAGCGCCAGUUAAAGCAAGUGGACAUUUGAACAUCUUGACGAUCUUCCAGGAAAAUAGGGGAAUGUAAUGCUUCCGAUAGAAUUUGUAUAGAUAAUAGCAUGAUUUGUAGUGAUAUUUGGCAUAAAUACCGUGAGUGAUAUUUCGAAAUUCUUAUACGUAAUUUCACCAGCCCUUUAGCGAGUGAAUUUUUGAGACAAUUUUGAAAUAAUUAUCUCGGAUGGUAUUUACACUAAAUAUCACGUACAAAUUAUGUUAUUAUUUGUUUAUACUACUACCCGCAAAAGUUUUGUAAUUAUCACAUGUAGGUAUUUCAAAUUAAGCUGAAAUACCACUGCUCUAAGCCAAUAAAACUGCAGAAAUUUCUCACGUAGUAGUAUAAGGUGUAUUAUACCUGUGCUAUUUUUGAAAUGGCUACACUGUGCGUUUCUCUCUGUGUCUCAUUAUUCUUACUUAGUUUAGUCAAUAACGUAAAAAAAGUAUGUUUUGGGUCAACUAAUAAUUUCUUCGUAUGUUCAUGUUAAAGUAUCCAGGACAUUUUAUUAUCUUGGAAUAUAUCGAUGGAGGAGACCUCGGAACAGACUUAAGUCACGAAGGAUGGUAUAGCGAACCUCAAACAAGGUAAUGAUACUUCUAUCAAAGUUUUCGAGCAACGUUUAACAAAACAGUCGCUAAAGUGACAGUGAGAUAAAACAGGACAGAAUUUAUCACAUUUGGUCAAGUUUUGCCGUUGAACCGAAUACCAAGUAAAGAUUUAGUAAUGUACGUGUUAUUGGGACUGGGUUAAAAUCAUCGUAAAUUACUCCGCUUGACACCACUGAUCUUCAGUUUAAUAACGACUGGUUCUAUCAGUUGAGUUCUACUCAAUAACCUUACAAAGUUCAACUGAGGAUGCACCAAUCAGCAAAAAUAAUAAUUCUAUCGAAAGAUUAGUGAUCGAAACAGGCCUUCAUCUCACAUACGCUUAGCCAGUUCAACACAGCGUUAAUUGCAGUUUUUUAAGGAAUUGUACUAUGCAACCAUCAGCUUUUGUGAGCUCAUUUAAUCUUGGUAGUGAGACGUAGUAUAUUAAAACAUCCUAUUACUCGUUGUUUCUUAGGUUUUACUCAGCUGAAAUCAUUGCCGGGUUGGAAUUUUUGCACCGAAAAGGUGUCAUUCACAGGUGAGUAGAAAUACGAAAAGUACCUGAAAUCCACACUUGGACAUUAGUCUCGAUCACUUCAAAGUAUAUAAUAUGGCAAAUAUAAAAAAGCAAUGGAUUGACGCUGUCGAACCUUUUUAGUCUAGCGGCCUUCUAAACCGCGGCCACCAGUUACCAACAUCGGGGCAGAAAAAAUUUUUAAUCUCGAUCACUUCAAGGUACAUAAUAUGGCAAAGAUAAAAAAAAGCAAUGGAUUGACGCUGUCGAGCGUUAAUUUAGCGGCCUCCUAAACCUCGGCCACCGGUUACCUACAUCGGGGCGGAAAACAAUUUUGAGCUGUAAAUCACUGUAAAGAGAAGGUAAUAGCUUGCUGGAUCAUUUUGUAUCAUCACGACAGGGCUCAGCGUUCUGCACAGUCCUUGCAUGUGUGAAGAAAGUUGAUUUUACUAUUAUGCGGCUAUUUAUCCCUUUCCCGAGAGCAGCAGCUUAAGAGAGGUUUGAUUGUGGUUAACUCUGGUCACCCUGAAUAUUAUAUCGCACCACUUUUGGCUCAGUUUACUUAUCAAUCAAUGUCUCUAAUAUUUGUGUAAUUUUUAUUCAUCGUAUGUCAGGGACUUGAAACCUGAAAACAUUUUGUUGACCAGAGGAGGGCACAUUAAAAUCAGCGAUUUCGGGUUGUCCGCUAUCAUCGACUCAGUUAGAGAAGAAAAGAUCACCAACCAAGAAUAUAUCGGGACACCUCUUUACAUGGCUCCUGAGGUAAACCUUGAAACGGUAGAUUAAAAAGAAUUUGUUUCAGCCACAAAGAGCUGGUUAAACCCCGUGAAGAACCAAGUUUUUAAAUCAGCUCGUCGUGUAGCUACUUGGUCAAUAUCUAUUCUAUUCCAAUCUGGGACCCAUUUCAGAACCACCGUCUAAAAUAUCCCCAGGAAAAUUGGACAGGGCUCUAACAAGGACAGGCUAAUUAGAUACUGUUGAGGCGGUGCUCUGCCUUUCACUCACUUAAUCAGUGCUGAUAUCAAUGCUAAAACAAAUCUUUACACAGGCUAUGAACUAUCGUGUUUUCUUGGACGAGAUAUAUACUUUAAUGUUAUCUACACAGGAAGAAGGAAGAUCCGUUCAGUUUCCCAAAGCUGACUUUACAUUAUAUCCACUCAUUAACACUAAAUCACCAACCUCAUAGUAAGAGCUUUUGCUAAGGAGAAGCUGGGAUUGUUUUCAUGGAAUAACAUCUUAUCGUGCUGGUGUUAGCUUAGUGCAAGGUGUUGUUUGUUGCAGAUUAUUUUACUUGACCCGUACGACUCAUGUGUGGACUGGUGGGCUCUUGGAGUCAUGGUGUUUACGAUGCUCACUGGAAUGGUUUGUAUUUUAUGUGAUUUUGUUCUUAACACGAAAAACGAUGAAAUCGAACAUAGGAUGAGACAGGGUGUAGUUCGGUGUAAAGGGUAAAGCGGUUAAACCAGGAUACUAGAGCAUGCCAAUGUGAUCCUCUGUACUUCGAUUUAAAAUGUCAUACCAUGGUAAAAACGAGUAGGGGAUCUAUGACGAUAUAGUUUGUGGUCUUUUAUGAUUAAAUUGAGAANAGAGCAUGCCAAUGUGAUCCUCUGUACUUCGAUUUAAAAUGUCAUACCAUGGUAAAAACGAGUAGGGGAUCUAUGACGAUAUAGUUUGUGGUCUUUUAUGAUUAAAUUGAGAAGACGAUGAUAAUAUUGGGAGCGACGCAUAACGACGACAGGGGGGAUAGCGUUUGUUAAAAAGGGGAAUCGCGCUGUUUCAAAAUUCAUCGCUCUUUUUUUUCAUGUCGUUCAAUUGCCAGAUGUUGUUGAAUUUGUCUGGAACUUUAUUUGUGUUCACGUCCUAAAACGUCAAAUCAGGAAAUUCCUCGUCGUGGUCGGCGUGCAACGACGUCAGCGAAAUGUUUUGCUCAAUGAAACCUAUUGCUUUUUGCCGUUCUCGUCGCUUUCGUUGUUGUCGUUACUUAAGUUGCCGAUAUGAUGGUGAUCUUUGAAAUUGACAAUUUCAUCCUUUGUGUUUACAUUUUAGAUGCCGUUUGAUGCUGAAUCGGAGGAUGAGUUAUUCGAUUUGAUCGUUUCUGAAAACCCACAGCAACCGGACAAAGCCACAAUGGCUGAGCUUUCCACCGACGCCAUCGAAUUGUUUCUACAUGUAGGUGUCAGAUACAUGAACCAGUUUUCGAGGCAGAGACAGGUUUCAGGUUGUCGUCAGAUAAAAUUCGACCUGGUGAAAUGCAAGUUUAAUUUCUAGUUACUCUCGACUUUUGUCGAUGAGUGACAUUAGAAACAACGCUCCAGUGUAACGAGCUAAAUUAUUGAUUAGAUACAACUUUGCGCGAUUAAGUUUAAUUUAGUGUAUUUCAGACGAACAAAGGUUGUCUGUUACCUUUCUUUGUUACAAUACACGUACCUAUUAAUUCUAAGUCAAUAACAAUAGAGGCAACACUUUUGACCGAAGCUCAAGCCCCCUGGGACCCGUUUCUCCAAAGUCCCGAUAAUUAACAGACCCGUAAAGCUGUACUUGUUUUCAUGCAAGAUAGAGGUUUCAAUAGUUUUGCAUCUAACAUGAUGAAACUAUCAGUUAAUGAAACAAAAUGGAGCAGUUUGUAAGCCAGGACCCGCGCUCCUAUUCUUUAUAUUUCGAUGUGAAAAUUUGAUUUCGGGCCCGAAACGUUACCGGGACUUUCGAGAAACGGGCCCCUGGACGGGUUGUCCCUAUAAUGGCUCCACCCGAAAGGGGUACCCUUUUCAGGCUUCAGGAAUAUGAAAGGGUAGGGAUUUCACUAAAUGAUGGAAAGAGUAGGCAAAUCUGUUCUAUGUUCCGAUGAGUGGAAACUACAAAUAUCAGACUAAAUCCAAGCCAACGUUGACUUCUGUUACGAAGUACCAUAAAGACAUAACAUUUCAAUAAACAAAAAUCUCUAAGUUCAUUUCAAAUACCGAUAUUACAAGACAUCUUACAUUUUUUUAUGUUCCCAGUUACUAGAGAAAUAUCCGCAAGACCGUCUUGGAUAUAAAGGAGGCGAUUAUCCCUCCAUCAGAGAUCAUGCUUUCUUUGACGGCUUUGACUGGGACAGUCUGGAGGCUUUGGAAAUUGACCGUCCACCUUGA